AUGGAGCAUACCCUUUCGCCCUUACAACAGGAAGUGCUAAACAAAUACAAGCAGCUUUCGCUGGAUCUGAAAGCGCUGGACGAAACAAUCAAGCAGCUAAACCACUCGCAGCACCGACAACAGCACGAUCAACAGAUCACCGUGUCGCCAGAUGAAAUAUUACAGGAAAUGAGAGAAAUAGAAGUCAAGAUUGGUCUGGUGGGAACACUGCUGAAAGGUAGCGUGUACUCGCUCAUUUUGCAGAGAAAACAAGAACAGGAAGCUUUGAAUCGUUCUGAUCGUUGA